AUUAGGAGAGACAUGACCAGAGAAGAGAUUUAACAGCAAGAAAGAAUAUCUUACAACCAAGACAUGACUUAACCAGGAGACAAUGUAACCCAAAGAGCACAAGAGAACUAAAGGUACUUUCAAAAAUUACAUGCACACACUAUCAAAGGCACCAUUGACCGCAAAACCAGUAAAUGAACAUCUUCAGAAAACUGAGAUGGGGAAGGAACUUCUGUGGAGUGUGAGUGUGGUCUUCUUUCUACAACUAUCACUGGUCUCCUCCUACAAACUAGUUUGUUACUAUACAAACUGGGCUCAGUACAGACCAGAAGGUGGUAAAUUCUUCCCAGAAAAUAUUGACCCCUGCCUGUGCACCCACCUGAUUUAUGCCUUUGGCAGCUUGGCAAACAAUGAACUCACUACCUAUGAAUGGAAUGAUGAGCCCAUGUUCAAGAGAUUCAAUGAUCUGAAAAUUAGAAAUAAUAAUCUGAAAACCCUUUUAGCUGUUGGAGGAUGGAAUUUUGGUACCACAAGAUUUACAAACCUAGUGGCUACAGAUGAAUCUCGGACAACGUUCAUCAGUUCUGCAAUCAGUUUUCUUCGGAGCCAUGGAUUUGAUGGUUUGGAUUUGGACUGGGAGUAUCCUGGCUCCAGAGACAGUCCAGUGGAAGAUAAACAACGUUUUACAGCCUUGGUCAAGGAAUUGCAGGAAGCUUUCAGAACAGAGGCGGUGUCUUCUGGAAGGGAAAGACUCUUGCUCACAGCUGCAGUUGCUGCUGGUAAAGACACCAUUGAUGCUGGAUAUGAAAUAGCUGAAAUUUCAAGAUACAUAGAUUUUAUCUGUGUGAUGACGUAUGACUUUCAUGGGGCUUGGGAGAACGUUACUGGUCACAAUAGCCCUCUCUACCGUGGGUCUGCUGAUGAAGGAAAAUUUAUUUACUUUAAUGUUGACUUUGCAAUGAAGUACUGGAGAGAUGGUGGUAUCCCAGCAGAGAAUUUAAUUGUUGGAUUCCCAACCUACGGACGUAGUUUCACCCUGAGCACCUCCCAAACAGGAGUUGGUGUUCCAGUAUGUGGGGCUGGUCAACCAGGCCAACUAACCAAGGAGGCUGGAUUCUGGGCCUACUAUGAGGCUCAGUGGCUGAAGGAAAACAACUUUGGAGGUGCCAUGGUGUGGACUUUAGAUCUGGAUGAUUUCUCUGGAACUAAAUGUGGUCAAGGAGCUUACCCUUUGACCGCCACGUUGAAGUCACUUCUUAACAUUAAUGAAUGUGAGAUAUCGACACCUUUAACCACAACAGCUACUGUCACUGCCUCUUCAAGUGGCAUUACUGCAACUAUUGUAGUCCAUGACUUUUGCCAAGGCAAGUCUGAUGGGACAUAUCCUGAUUAUGCUGAUCGUAGUAAAUAUUACCAGUGUUACCAUGGACAAACAUACCAUAUGAUUUGUGCCGAAAGUCUAAUAUUCGAUGAAAAUUGUAAUUGUUGCAAUUGGUCUUCAUAA